AUGAUCAGAAGCCUUUUUAUUAUUAAUAAGGAUAGGGAAAUUCUUAUCGAAAAGCAUUGGAAAUCUAUAACCCCAAAAUCCGUUUUGGACUCGAUAUAUGAGGGUCAAUCAAAACUUGCGAAUCCAAUGAAAAUCCCACCCGUGAUAGAGAGCUCUAACAACAUAAUCUUGAUUAAUGUACAGAAGAAUGGUGUGUUUUUUGUAGCGGCCUGCGCCGGUGAAGCCCCUCCUCUUCUAAUCGUGGAAUUUUUAAAUCAAGUAAUAUUUAUUUUUGAGGACUACUUUGGACCUCUCUCUGAGUCGGUUAUUUUAGAAAAUAUCGUGUAUGCCUUUGAGAUAUUGGACGAAAUGCUUGAUAACGGCUUUCCACUCGCAACUGAGUCGAAUAUCCUAAAAGAGCUCAUCAAGCCACCUAAAUUUCUUCGCUCAAUUACCGAAGCUGUGACAGGUAGACCGGCUGGUGGUGUCGUGUCAACUUUACCCGUUGGUCAGUUGACGAACACUCGGUGGCGUCGUGCUGGAGUUAGAUAUGCCAACAACGAGGCCUUCUUUGAUGUAGUUGAACGCAUCAAUGCCAUCAUUGAUCGUUCGGGGAAUGUCCUCCUUGCUGAGGCCGAAGGGUCGAUAGACUGUGUCGUUCACCUCUCAGGGAUGCCAGAUCUGACACUUAGUUUCAACAAUUCCCGUCCGCUGGAGGAUGUCGGCCUCCAUCCCUGUGUGCGUUACCUCCGAUGGGAGAAGCAGCGAAUACUUUCCUUUGUUCCUCCGGACGGCAAAUUCCGACUGUUCACAUACUUAAUUCACAACCUCAGGCAAUUCCUUAGACCGGAUGGGCAUUCUAUAUCUCUACCGAUUGCCUUGAGGCACAACAUUAUCAUCAAAGGUGCUAAUAGUCGCAUCGAGCUCUCUGUUUCUCCAAAGUCCACGGCGGGGAAGCCACUCGAGAAGGUCGUGGUGAACGUGAUCAUGCCACCGGAGGUCAGCAGUGUCAAUGUGACCACGUCUCUGGGCAAGUCGACGUUCGAUGCUACGACCAAAACUCUCGUCUGGGACGUGGGACUCUUGGAGACGCGAUCCUAUCCCUCCCUCAAGGGCACCAUAACAUUACAGAGUGGCUGCACACAGGCUUCUGCGGCCCCACUGGUCACUGUCCAAUUCGAAUUUCCCAAAACUCUAGUGUCUGGUCUUCGCGUAGCGAGACUGGAUUUGCACGCCGAGGUGAGAACUUUAAUGUAG